GAAGGAGACAAGAUAGAAAAGAGAACAGCCUAGAAUCUAAGCCUUCUCCUAAUGUAAACUCUUGCACCAGGAUGGAAGGGGACUCUUACCACAAUGCAACCACCAUCAAUGGCACCCCCGUGAAUCACCAACCUUUGGAACGCCAUGGGUUGUGGGAAGUGAUCACCAUCGCAGCUGUGACGGCUGUGGUGAGCCUGAUCACCAUUGUGGGCAAUGUCUUAGUCAUGAUCUCCUUCAAAGUCAACAGCCAGCUGAAGACAGUUAACAACUAUUAUCUGCUCAGCUUAGCCUGUGCAGAUCUCAUCAUUGGGAUCUUCUCCAUGAACCUCUACACGACAUACAUCCUCAUGGGACGCUGGGCUCUCGGAAGUCUGGCUUGUGACCUUUGGCUUGCACUGGACUACGUGGCCAGCAAUGCUUCUGUCAUGAACCUUCUGGUGAUCAGUUUUGACCGUUACUUUUCUAUCACAAGACCACUGACGUAUCGGGCCAAGCGUACCCCAAAGAGGGCUGGCAUCAUGAUUGGCUUGGCAUGGCUGAUCUCCUUCAUCCUCUGGGCCCCAGCGAUCCUCUGCUGGCAGUACUUGGUUGGGGAGCGAACGGUACCACCAGAUGAGUGCCAGAUCCAGUUCCUGUCUGAGCCCACCAUCACUUUCGGCACGGCCAUUGCUGCCUUCUACAUCCCUGUUUCCGUCAUGACAAUCCUCUACUGCCGAAUCUACCGGGAAACAGAGAAGCGAACCAAGGACCUGGCUGACCUCCAGGGCUCUGACUCAGUGGCUGAAGUGGAGAAGAGCAAGCCAGCUCACAAGGUGCUGCUCAGGUCCUGCUUUAGCUGCCCUCGGCCCCCACUGGCCCAAAGGGAAAGGAACCAAGCCUCUUGGUCAUCCUCCCGCAGGAGCACUUCCACCCCUGGGAAGCCCUCCCAAGCCUCUGGCCCGAGCACUGAGUGGGCCAAAGCCGAGCAGCUAACCUCCUGUAGCAGCUACCCCUCCUCAGAAGACGAGGACAAGCCCACCACUGCCCCUGUCUUCCAAGUGGUCUACAAGAGCCAGGCCAAGGAAAGCCUGAGGGAAGAAUUCAGUGCUGAAGAGACCAAGGAAACUCUUGUGAAUGCUCAAACUGAAAAAAAUGACUAUGACACCCCCAAAUACUUCCUGUCUCCAGCUUCGGCUCAGCGACCCAAGAGUCAGAAAUGUGUGGCCUAUAAGUUCCGGUUGGUAGUAAAAGCUGAUGGGACCCCAGACACCAACAACGGAUGUCACAAGGUGAAAAUCAUGCCCUGCUCCUUCCCAGUGUCCAAGGACCCUUCAACCAAGGGCCUCGAUCCCAGCCUCAGCCAUCAGAUGACCAAACGAAAGAGGAUGGUCCUCGUCAAAGAGCGGAAAGCAGCCCAGACCUUGAGUGCCAUUCUCCUGGCUUUCAUUAUCACGUGGACCCCUUACAAUAUCAUGGUCCUGGUUUCCACCUUCUGUGACAAGUGUGUCCCAGUCUCUCUGUGGCACUUGGGCUACUGGUUGUGCUACGUCAAUAGCACUGUCAACCCCAUCUGCUAUGCCCUCUGCAACAGAACCUUCAGGAAGACCUUUAAGAUGCUGCUUCUCUGCCGAUGGAAAAAGAAAAAAGUGGAAGAGAAGUUGUACUGGCAGGGGAACAGCAAGCUCCCCUGAAGAGUAACAAUUCCCCUCAAAGAAUAAAGAGGUCUACUGCCUCUGAGGAGGAGCCAGCUGAUUCUGGUUAACUUUCCAAAAAGACAUCUAUCCUUUUGAGUCCCUGAGGACUUUGUAAAGGCUCCAGGUCUGUCACCAAAAGGAAGGUGUCACAGCUGCCACAAUCACUGCCGUAUUGAGUGAUCUUGUCUAUGACCAGUGUCACCUGAUGCCACUGGGGUUUGACACCAAAGUAAAGAGACAGAUUCAUGGCCCUUCGCAGGAGGAGGCAUGCUGGACACAACGAACAAAGACUGAGGGAGCUUCUGCUUAACCUUCUGUGGGGAAUGGUGGAGACCAGGUGGAAACCUGUCCAUUUUGUGCAAUAUGUGUCUAUGAAGAUGUCUCAUUUCAGUAAGAACCAGGAGAAUGUAAGUCAGUGCCACCUGUUAACAAGAGUGAUAUUCAACUGGCUUCUAAGACUCUCUUUCUUUAUAAACUGAUCAGUACUUAUUACGCAGCUACUAUGUGCUCUGUACAGUGGUAUGUUUUCCUGUCUUUGCAUCUGAAUGAAGCUCUUGCUCUUCCUUUUCACAACUGAUGCCAAUUCCUGGUCCCCACAGAACAACUCUUCCUCUCUGAAUCCUGGGUCUGGAAGGACAUUGAAAUCUGAACACACCCAGUCCUACAGAGGGGCCUCUAUUCUGCUAAUAAAGAUGAUCAGAUCUCC